AUGGCAGGACCAGGGAAACUCAGCUUUGCCAUCAAAGACGGCAAUAUACAUGGAAAGUUUGGGGUUAAUACAACCAAUGAUGUUGGAAAGGUUUAUGUGUAUCAGUCUAUUAGCUUUGAAUCAAGGACCACACGGUUUCAACUAUCAAUAGAGGUUAUAGAGAAUGGUCCAGUCCGAUCAACCACCAAUUUCGUGUUGGAUAUACAGAUCACUGGAAUAAACGACUACGCCCCGUUAUUCCUCUUCUCGCCGUAUACUGUGUACAUAAACGAAGACAAGCAGCCUGGUUCCAUACUGUUCAACCCUAUACCUUACGACUUCGACAAGGGUGAUGAUGGCGCUACCACUUCAGUAAUACUCGAUGGCGAUGACACGCUGUUCUACAUGGAUCCCAGUACUGCAAAGGUUUAUCUACGAACAUACCUGGAUUAUGAACGCAAGAACGAAUAUGUACUCACCAUUCAGGUUACAGACAAUGGGGUGCCACAGCGGCGGUCGUCGACAACACUGCUCAGAAUCAAUGUCAAGGACAUAAAUGAUAACCCGCCGGUUUGCGAAGAGUCCUAUGUUACUGAAACUUUUGACGAGACAAAAGCAGCAGGUUCAGUUAUCAAGUUUCUUAGAUGUACGGACGCCGACAUUGGAAAUAACGGCAGACUUUCGUAUACCAUCACUGAAGGCGACUAUACGAAGUUCAGACUACAGGGACCGUAUCUUGUACUAUCGAAAGAAAUUGACGUUGACACAGAGCCGAACGUAUGGGGCCUGACUGUUGUUGUUCGGGACAGGGGAAACCCAAGAUUGUCGACACUGAUUGACAUUGUUAUAUAUGUGGAGGGGGUCGAUGACAACGCGCCAGUCUGGGCACCGCCUGAAAAUGGAAGAUACGUAGUUGAUAUUGAGGAACAUUCAUCCGUUGGGAAACUUGUAGUGCGUGUAUCAGCAGAUGACCUGGACUCUAACGAUCACGAUGCUGUUGUCGUUUAUUACAUGGACGACUAUAGCAGAGACAUAUUUUUGAGCCAAGAGCUCGACCAUGAAAAGGGCGCCACAUACACAAUACCCGUAUCAGCUGUGUCCCAUAACAAUCCGCUGGAUAGAGUGAGCACGAACGUUAUCAUCAAUGUUAUAGAUGUCAACGAUAAUACUCCAGAGUUUGACAAGGCGCUACACAUAUCUGAAGCACUUCCGGCAAAAACUGAAAUAGCAACUGUGACAGCCACCGAUAGUGACACAGGUCCGAAUGGAGUCAUACAGUAUCAAAUAAUUGGGGGCAACACAGAUUCAUUAUUUGACAUACACUCCAAGACAGGUGUUAUUUCUCUGAUGGGAAAACUAGAUUUUGAAAGGAAAAAUGCCCACACUGUUUACCUUCGAGCGUCUGACAAAGGACGUCCUACAAGGUGGUCUACUUGUACCGUCAUUAUAUCUGUACUUCCUGUUAACGAGUUUGUACCGAUAUUUAAAGAGAUUGCAACCGUUCUGAUUCCUGAAGAUACUACAAUAGGAAUAUCAGUAUUCACAGUCUCGGCUACAGAUAAUGAUACUGGUACUGACGGAACAAUAUCCUAUGAAAUUGGACCAGACGAAGAAAGAUUUGUGAUCGAGUCACGAACAGGUAUUGUAAGACUUUUGCAAACACUCGAUAGAGAAACGGAAGAAACUUUUGACGUAGAUAUACUAGGUACGGAUAUGUCUGAAUCAGAGAGAAAAACUGGGUCAGUCGUUGUAAAGGUUAAGGUUUUAGAUCGGAAUGAUAAUCCACCUAAUUGUGAAAUGAGCUUUUAUUCUAAGAAGCUUAUCCCACCCACCUCUAGCGGCGAUGUGAUCCAGACCCUUCAAUGUACCGAUGCCGAUGCAGCAUCUAACAGCAAACUUUCUUAUACUGUAAUAUCCGGCAAUACGAACAAUGACUUCUCUAUGUCGAUCGAUGGCAGUUUAGUUGUAAUGCAAAAACCGUCUUCACCUGAAUACCGGUUAGAGAUUCAAGUGAACGAUAACGGUAAUCCUUCGCUAGAUACAUUUGUUUUGAUUGUAAUUAAAAUUGGAGGAACACCGACGAUUAAGAAUUUGCCAAAGAAGUUACAAGUUUCAGAGGGAAUAAGCAUUGGGUCUCAGAUUUUCCAAGUAAAGGCAGAAAGUGUAUCUGAGCAAUUUGAAUACUUCAUAAAGAAUAUCACAUCAGACAAAAAAGUAAUGGACCUUGAAUCACCGCUUGUAAAAAUUGACAAAAUAUCUGGAAAGGUGUUUACAUGGCGUGUGUUCGAUAGAGAAGAAACGGAUCAUUAUUUGAUAAAUGUCGGUGUUAAAGAAACUGUAAGCGGCAAGCAGGCCGAAAGUACUAUUGACAUCACCGUUCUUGAUGAAAAUGACAAUGCUCCAAAAUUCGAAAUGUCUUUUUACAAUGUUUCACUGAUGGAAAACAUCAAAGUUGGAACAGAGUUGAUUGAUCUUGAUGCAAAUGAUGCGGAUUUACAUGAUAACGCUAACAUUGUUUUCGAUAUAACUGGCGGUAAUAUAGAUAAUUCAUUCGUCAUAGACAAAAACGGCAUAGUUAAAACGAGAACAGUUGUUGACCGAGAAAGAAACGAUUUUUUCACACUUAUAGUUACUGCGUCUGACAGAGGUAGCAUCAGACAUACCGGUUCAGCAACAGUUUUAAUCUCAGUUUUAGAUGCAGAUGAAUAUAUUCCAACGUUCAUUAACAUUGGUUCCGACCUGGAAACUACUUUGCCGGAGGACACACCAAUUGCAGCGAAAGUUUUCGCUAUGAAAGCAAGAGAUCUUGAUGUUCACAAGAAAUUGACAUAUGAUAUUGAUGACAUUUCUAAAGAACACUUCAUAAUUGAGAAAGACUCCGGAGAAAUAUUUUUAUCCAGGCUGUUAGACCGAGAGAAACAAGAUGUGCAUACUUUGGUCGUAACAGCUGAAGGAAACGGUAAAGCUGUCUCAGCUAGUGUUACACUAAGUGUGUCUGACAUUAACGAUAAUGAUCCAAUUUUCAGCUCUAAUUUAUAUAAAUUUGAUGUUAAUGAACGUUCAAAAGCCAGCGAUUUUGUUGGUCUCAUAGAGGUAACGGAUGCAGAUAUUGGAGAAAAUGCUUUAAUAAGUACAUCUGUUACUAAAGGAAAUAGAGGAAAUGUGUUUGUGCUUCGGUCAAAUAAACUGUAUGUGAGUGGAAAUUUACAUUUCGAACUUAUCAAUGAAUAUCUUCUUGAAAUAGAAGCAAGAGACAAUGGCUCUCCACAAAGAACAUCCACUGCAUCUGUUAUAAUUGAGGUUACUCCUGAAUAUAGGAUUCCAAAGUUUGCAAUUGAUCUUGAAGUAAUACAUAUUUCUGAAAAUGUUCAUGUAGGUAACUCCGUUUAUGAUGCGGACGGAACACUGGAUGGAGCAAGAGAAGGUCAUGGAAAUGACUUGAUGUAUUCUAUAGAGAACGGAAAUGAAAAUGGAUUAUUUUCAAUAAACUGGAAUACGGGCGAAAUAACAGUCGCUAGAAAGCUUGACAAGACUUUUGAUAAAGAUGUAUUUAUGUUAUUGUUAGUGUCGAAGAAUAUUUACAGACCGUCUCUUAAUGAUGAAAUGACACUGAAGAUUGAAAUAGAUGAUGUAAAUGAUAACAAACCGACAUUUGAAAAUAGCAUGUAUACAUUAAAUAUUAACGAGGACACAAAACUUGGAUCAAACAUUGGUAGCGUAUCGGCGACAGAUUUAGACAGAGGUCAAAAUUCUUUCAUAACGUAUGAACUUUUAAAAAAUGAAGACGCAGAAACAUUUAGAAUAGAUCCUUUCGCCGGAACACUGAGCUUAAAGAAAGAGCUCAAUUUUAUGUACAAUACAAUAUAUCAGUUGUCAGUUAUAGCAUUUGACAACGGAUCGCCUCGACUCACAGGCAGCACCUAUGUUACAGUCAAUAUCAUUGAUGUGAAUGAUAGACCACCAAUAUUUGAACUAGAAAGUCCAAGUAUAAAAGUGAGGGAGAACUAUGCGCUUGGAAGAAUGAUUUACCAAAUCAGAGCCCAUGAUGGUGAUACCGGUGUUGGAGGAGAACUUUUAUAUAGAAUCGUACAUGGGAAUGAUAAUGGAACUUUCGAAUUAGAUUCAGAGACUGGUGAAUUAACCGUUGCAAAAGAAUUAGACAGAGAAUCAGAAGACUUGUUUAUUUUUGUCGUGGAGGCAGAAGAUAAAGGGGUUCCAUCACUAACUGGAACUACCACGUUAUCAGUUAUACUUACUGAUGUAAACGACAACAGUCCUUAUUUCUUGGAAAGCACAUAUGAUGUGUCGCUUGAUAGAUUUUCCCCUGUGGAAUCACAUGUUAUAAGUGUCACAGCUUUGGAUGCUGAUGCAGGUGACAAUGCUCUUCUUGAAUAUCAGAUUUCAGAAGAUAAUGAUGAACUCUUUCAGAUCGAUGCUAAAUCCGGUCAUGUCUUCACAUUUUCUGAUUUAACUGAAAUAGAAAAUGACAUCAGUAUUAUUAUCGUCGCAAAGGAUAGAGGAAUCCCAAGACUAUCUACUUCUGUGACAGUACUUAUAGAAAUCCACCCGCCUUUGGUUACUGAAACUGAAGACUUUUUAUUUGAAGUGUCUGAAUAUGCGUCACCAAAUACAUUUGUUGGUGCUGUUGGAUCGUCAACGUCAAUGUCAUCAUCAAGGUAUGCUAUUGUGAGCGGAAACUAUAAGAAACAUUUUCGGAUAUCUGAAGAAGACGGAAACAUUUUCCUGAAUAAAGUUCUUGAUCGGGAAAUAUAUACUGAUUACUACCUCCGCGUAAAAUCAACUCACAAACUCAGUCAGAAUAUUCAAACAGACAUCUAUGUCCAUGUAUCUGUUAAGGAUGAAAAUGAUAACUUUCCGCAAUUUGAAGAACAAGUUUACAAUAUAUUAGUGUUGGAGCAUACUCCAAUUGGAUUUAGUGUUGCUUCGAUCGUUGCUAGUGAUAUGGAUGAUGGCAGCAAUGGAAAAGUAACUUACAGUAUAAGUAAUGGUAAAGAGGGAGAUGCAAAUAAAAUAUUUUCCCUUAAUGAAAACGGUACUCUUGUUGUACAGUCAUCCAUAUCUUAUGAAGCCGUUGAUCAUUUAAAUUUCACGGUUGUUGCGAAAGACAACGGGCAAUAUUCUAGACAAGGGUCGACCCAAGUAAACGUUCAAGUCGUUGAUAUUGACGAAAAUGUAGUCCGUGGUAUGACUAAGGCUUCAGCGAUCAUAAACCUUGAAAUGCCAGUCUCUGCAAGUAAGAACUUUGUUGUUGGAUGUAUAGCACCCGAAAUGUUUGGGCUGAAUGUUUCAGCGUCAAAGGUUAACUAUAUCGCACAAAAGCAGCACAGUGUUUUUGGUGUGACAAGAGAAACAGGGUGCAUAACAAUACAAAAUGAUGUAGAUCUGGAGGACGGGAAAAGUUUCUUUAUGUGGGUUGUAGCUGUAUUGAUGACGCCUGACAAAGCACGAGGACGCCUUGCUCUCGUUCGGGUGGAUACUUUUUUUCCUACGAAGCACGUGGUAGUCUUCACUCACAGCGUCCCAAAGGAGGUGCUCGAACUGAAUAGGUCACUGUCUUACAUCUAUGUUAUCCGAGACAAUGAGACAAACAGCAUGUCAAAGGUACAAAACAAGAAACACUUCCUUAUGCAGAGUGACAUUCUCAGCGUUUUACGAGGACCAGAAGAUGGUGUGUCACAUGAUCUCACAUCUGAAAGUUUUGACAACUUCCCCGUCGUCUCUGUUGUCCCAUACAAAGAUAAGUUCAAGUACAAGACACCAUGGAUACGAAGUACAACAGGAAAAUGGAUACUUGGUGUAAUACUGUCUGCACUUAUCGUUGGCCUGAUUAUUGCAGGGAUAGUGUUCAAGACAAAGAAGCGAAGUAAAUCGAACAUUGUUAAUGCGGAAAGGGCACCAAAACCGAGUUUGUCAGUUCCACCUAACACAAACAAGAUUAAUCCGAAAUAUAACAAUUUACGACGAUCUUCAUCUACUGCUGAUCUGAUCCCCUUAGUGAAUGCUAUGAAAAUCUUAAGUGGUAUGACCGAAGAGCAGCGGAAUAAGCUUAUAGACACAACCCUGGGCGCAAACCAGUCACAAACAGAAAACGAGAAAAAUGACGUUGUAUUUAAACCAAAAUUCCUCACCAAGAAAAUGAAGUCCGUACCUUUAAUUGAAGUGUCUCAUCUGGAUGGAGUUAACGAAUUACGUAAAAUUGCAAAUGAUACAAUUAAAGCUACUAAUAUAGAAGCUGCCAGCAAACAGUCUACAAAAGCACCAAUUAUAUCGGAACCCAUCGCACCGUUUACUACCAAAACUAUUGAAGUUAAUAAACAGCCUGCUACAGUCCAGGAGACUAGUCAAGAAGAUGCAAACGUAAACGUAAGUUCCCUCAAUACCUAUAUCAAAAUGAUAAAAAGAACGAUCGACAAAAUAACAAAAUUCCACGUGAAUAAAAGAAGUCCUUUCUUCUUUUUGAAAACACAAAACCACAUGUGA